AUGUGUGAAAGUUUUCCAUUUGUUGUGNUAAGAUGCAGCAAGCCUAAAUCUUUUCUCCUUGAAACGCCCAAGUUGGUGAAAUUCACUUUUUCUGUUGAGGACGCUAAAGGUUUUUGUUUCGGGGAGUUUCGAGAUCUGAAUUCUUUAGAGCUCAAAUCUCCUGACAUAUACAGGCUAAUCAGAAACACUCAUUUUGGCAACAAGAUCAGAAUGCUUGCAGUGGAUUUAGUCAAGUCUAUAGAACAAUCUGAAAGGCAAAAACUUGGACUGGGAAUACUCCUCAAAGCAUUCCCUGGCGUCGUUUCUCUUAGUUUGAGUCCCAAGACUUGGUCAGAUUUCGAAACCCAUUUCCAAAGCAAAGGCCCAGUACAUAUGAAGGGAGCGAAUAGCUUGAAGCUAAUAACAGCACGUGUUCAGUCGUCAAAUCAUACGGAUGUUCAUCAAACAGUUUCUUUCAUCAGGUCUAUGCUUAAUAAUUACAGAGGCUUGACAGAUAUGAGACUGAUGAUUCACCAGGACAAAGACCCUAGAGUAAGAACCAAUCUGAUCUCAGCGUGUAUGAUGAGUAACCCGAGAGUGAGAUGGAAAUGGGGAAUAUGGGCUGAAGGAGGUGAAGAUAUAUGGCUCUCUGAUAGCGCCUAA